GCGGAGUUUCAACUAUUACACAGUUUUCGCAUCGCCGAAUAACUUGCAACCGAAGUUUUUCGUUGCUUUCUCUUUUUUCUCUUCAUACUGCUUUCUCCAUUGUUAUUAUUACUAAUGACUGCAUAAAGUGACAUGUCCAUAAUAAAGCUAUCUGGGUGGAGAUUUGGUGUGUUCGUGGCUGGAUUGGUGGGGGCGGUCGGUUGCGCAAUUUAUCCUAUAAUUAUUUCUCCAAUGAUUGACCCAUCGCCGUACGUACAAGCUCAAAAAAACUCUAGGAAAGGAAUAAAGCAGGAAGAAAUUCAACCAGGAGGAAUGAAGGUGUGGUCAGAUCCGUUCAAGAGGAAGGAUAACAGUGAAAAGUAGGACAACUAUAGUAUCGUUGGAGGCAUUCGCUAUGGGUUUACAAUAAUAAGGCCUCGGUAUAAUGCAGAUCAAUUACAUAUGAUCAUGCUCGGCUGUUGUAUCACAAGCUGUUGAACUCUCUCCCUAGUCAGUUGCAAAUUGUAUAUGUUAAUUACAAAUUUAUUAAAUAAGAAAAAUAAGAUUAAACAGUAAUCGUA